CGGAGACAAAAAGUUGCGGAAAAAGUCCACAAAACGUUUGCACGGAUUGUCUCAUUCGUUCAUACAUUCAUUGGACGACUGUUUUCAUUGUAAAUGAUUUGCAAUUAAUUCUCGUCUCAUAUCUCGUCUCCGAAACCCAUUUCACAACCAAAUCGGCGCUCAUUUGUCACAAACAGCUGUUCAAAGACAUGACAACCGAUGACAAGACGGACUCGAAGUCCGAAACCAAUGGUCGGUCGGAGUCGUCGACAACCACUCAGACGGGCGCCGCCACCGAUGGCCAGAGAGUGGACACUAAGAUACCUGUCAUUCAGUCCGGUAGUGGUAGUGAUGACACUAAUUGCGCUCAAAUCCAGUCAAUCGACGAAUGCCUUAAC